UUUGUCUUUUCUUUCCCAUGGAAAUUGUUCAGUCUAUUUUCGGUUCCCCCUUUCUCCUUCACAGCGGAUAUUUGCCAGAGGAUAUAUAAGAGUCCUUCGAUUCUCUCCACUACUGGUAAUUAUUCCAUUGUUGCAGUCUGUUAGAUAGAGCACUUUCAAGGUUCCAUACUCAUAGUUCCGAAAACUGCCUUAUCGACUCGAUCGAUUAUCAACCCUGCCCCGCCAUCUGAUUUAACCUGCGGCCCGCCAAAAGUCAGCCGCUGUCGUCACCCACGGUUGAAUCUAAUCAUCCUUCCAUCUCAUUCAUCCAUACUUCGUACUUCACCCCGAGUCACAACAGUCAGUCAUCCUUAUCUGCCUUCGGUCUCUUCAGGUCAUUUUCUUCAUCAUCACCACACCGCCGUAUUACACAUGUCUCGCUACGGCGACUACCGUCGCUCCACGGGGACUCUUGACGAUGACCGCUACCCGCAUGAGCGGCGGGAGCGUCACCACCGUCACCGUUCGCGCGCCCCCUCGGUGCUUGAUCGCCCCCGUCGAUUUGACGAAAAUGAACGUUUCGAAUACCGCCUACAAGAACAAGACCGCUACGGCCCCCCUGCACGUCGCCCCGACAUUGUGUAUCAGGACGAUCAUCUGAUCCAUUCAUCUGGUCCUUUGGUCGCUUACGAUCGCCGUCGUGCGGAGAGCCCUCUGCCUCGACCUCGACUUCUCCGGCGGCAAUCCUCCCUAGACACCUUCGAUCGGAUCCCUGCGCGCAAGUUAGACGAAUACUAUUACAGUGACCGCCCUCCCAGAUUAUCUCCAAGCCCGCCACCCCGACGGGGAUCUUACCAUCGAACCCGCGAACCAGACUACUACGAGGAAAUCAGCAUUGCGGAAGGAGACUAUGGAGAAGAAGAGUACCGGGGCUUUCGCGAACGGAGCGUAGGACGUCCCCGUCGCUCAGCAAGUCGUUUUCGUGAGCGACUGGUGGAGGAAAUUGAUGUGGAAAAACCGUAUCCUCGGAAAGGCAAGACUCGCAUGCCCCGCAAGAUGGUUCAUACCACCGCAAUCCGCGAGCUUGGCUACCCGUAUGAGGAAGAGGGCAAAAUGGUUGUCAUUCAGCUGGCUCUGUCCAAAGAACAAAUCGAUGAGGUCAUUGGGAGAAGUCGCGAGAUCAAGCGCCUGACCGAGACACGCGUUAUCCACACCAGCUCGCCAUCCCCAGUUCGCGCCCGCCGUCGAGACAGAACUGUGGAGCGAGUUCCGAUGGAGGCCUAUACCCCUAGAACCAGCCAUGACACUCUUAUCAUCGAGGCGUCUCCGUCGCGGCAUCGAUCUCAUUCGCGCCACCACCACUACCACCACCCCCAUGGUGAGCUUUUGGAAAAGAAAGUGACCAGGACUGUAUCACGCACCCGAGACAUUUCGGUGCAUGGACGACCCCGUCGUCGAUCGUCACCAGUACGCAGAUAUGAGCGUUACGAGGAGCAACCUAGCAAGACUCACGCUGGGUCCCUGGCAGUUGUGGUGCGGCCCCGCGAUAGUGACGAAGAUCUGCGGGAAUAUGCGCUCGAGCGGCGUGGCAGCGGAGAAUAUGUCCGAGACACGGAGAUCAUUGGGGAUGGGGUUGCGGAGGAGAUUCAUGAAGUAAAAAGAGAGCGUAGAGGUACGAAACAUAUGACUGUACCGACUUUCACCAUGGACAAGUUCUCAGCGUUCGGAAAGAAUCUCAGCGCGAGCUUCUCUCCCUUUGCCCAGCGCACUCAGCAGAUGAUCCGCGAGCAACUCGGCCAGGCAGAAGACCGGACUCAGCUUCCCGAUGAGUACAUCGAAUUGGAGAAGCGCGUGGAUGCGCUGAAGAUUGUCCACCAGAAGCUCCUCCAGGUCACCUCUCAAUACUCCAACGAAGCCUACGACUACCCUCCCAACAUCCGUGAAUCCUUCAACGAUCUCGGUCGCACCAUCAACGAGAAGGUCUCGCUUCUUUCCCAAGCCUCGUCGCCUGCCGAGGCCCAGGCAGCCCUGGUCGCCCCUCCCUCGGCCAAGCCCCAGCCCAAGACCUUCAACCACGCCAUCGCUCGCGCCUCGCUGGCCGGAUCCCAGACCCUGGCGCAAUCCUCUCACGGCGAGGACCCCCUGGCCACUGCCCUGGAGAAGUAUGCGCUCGCCGAGGAAAAGGUGGGCGAGGCCCGUCUGGCCCAGGAUGCUCAGAUCCAGUCGCGCUUCCUGGCUGGGUGGAACACCACGCUGAACACGAACCUAAUGUUCGCGGCUAAGGCGCGCAAGAACGUCGAGAACGCGCGUCUCAUGCUGGACUCGGUCAAGGCGGCCAAGAAGGCUCAGGUCAAGGGAGACUGGGACAGUCUGAGCGAGGAGGCUCGCGCCGAGAUUGAGCAGGCGGAGGACGAGUUUGUCGGACAGACCGAGGAAGCUGUGAGCGUGAUGAAGAAUGUUCUCGACACCCCCGAGCCCCUCCGCAACCUGGCCGAUUUGAUCGCAGCGCAGCUCGAGUUCCACAAGCGGGCCUAUGAGAUACUCAGCGAGUUGGCCCCUGUCGUGGACGGCUUGCAGGUUGAGCAAGAGGCUAGCUACCGUAAGAGCCGUGAGGGAGCUUGAAAAGCCGCUCAGAUUGUAAAUUUCCUUGUCUCAUCGUUUGCUUCUGUUGGAAUCGCAGCCCCUGUUAAUUCAGCCCCUAUUUGCUUCUAUGACAGUGUUCUAUAUCCCUCGAUAGGUGGUUACAUCGACCAGAUUGACUACACC